CUCCCAUUUCCAUCUUCCCACCAACUUCAAGCCAUUAUUACGAGUUCUCGUCUGGGUUUCUACGUUUCCAGGGUUUAGAUGGGAAGAUGUGGCUUUGGUGGCAGCUCACCUCGCAUUCCCAUUCGCGCCAACAUGUUGCUGCCCCGCAAAAUAUCCUCAUUGACGCCGGGCAUUGGCAUGGCCCCCAUCUACCAAUCAGUUUAUUAUUGGAAACCCGAACUGUGACACCUAGAUGAGCCCGGGGGGGGGGGGGGAGGGCGCGGGGGUUGGCUUACGGAUCUACAAAGCUGCCACCGGUCCGGUCCAGUCACCAGGAUAUUCCAACUCCGGUUAUGCUAGAUGUUGGAGCAACGGGAAGCCAAUUAUCGUAGUGGUUCGGUCGCACGUCGCACUUGGUUGCAUCUACUGCUUAAAUAACUAAUAAUAAAUAUGGCAAGCUAUGACUUGCAACGAACUACUGCGAACGACAGCAAAAAUAUUUCGACCAAGCUAAAUCCGCAUUCUGGCGAAUGGGCUCAAUCGCGCAAUGUGCCCUGUUGUCCAUGGCAGGCGAGCGGUGCCAGCAUCUUGCGUGCUUAUUACGGGGAACAAGUAGAAAGUCCGCUACGCUAAUAUUAAAUAAUGAUUCUAUACGCACCCAGCUAUCAGCCAUGAGGAUUAAUUAUACAUACAUAAAUCUAUGCCAACCGGGUCUUAACGCUACGAAUGGCGGAUGGAAAGGGCAAAGAAUAACGAAGAACUGUUCAACCCUUGAGCUUUUUGCAUCCUGGAGGUGGGUGAGAUAGCGAGUCACGGUUGACCAACGCAGCAUGCCAAAAAGUAGUUAUAGUUAACUAACUAUAUAUGUGUACAAAAUAUCUACAAGUUUCUAUACCCGCUACCAAGGGUCUGAUUUAACCUAAUAACUACCUGCAAACUCAAAUAAAUAGAAAUUUAUGCGCAGAAACCGCCAGCGUUUCCAGUCGACCCAGCAAAGGCCCGUCCAUGAUUCAUGACACUGUCGCAUCCUUUUUUCCAUUUGGUUAACCACCGCCCAGGGGCGUUUCAGAGUACGUCGCCGGCUGUUGCAUCCCAUAUGUAUCUGGCGCAGGGCGCAUUUCUUUUUCUCUCAUUCUCGCUGUAGUUCUUAACCCCCCCUGUCUUCCCCAGAACCAACUUCUUGUUGCCCUGCGCCCUCAAGAUUUUCACCUGAUCUUGUUAUCUGCUCCAGCUGCCCCUCAAUCGCCGAGCAAUAUUUCAACAUCAGCGCAUCAUCACAUUGUGUCCUGAGGAUUCUCUUUUUGCCAUAGUCAUUAUAUACAACUGAUAUCUGGCUUUUCGGAGUCCCUAUUUCAGAAGCCAUUUCCCUCUACUUGUUCAAAUCCAUCCUCUAGCCAGCCCUGCGGCUAUAACGUGAUACCCAGACAGUUUCUACACACAACAGCUCCACCCCAGCGUGGGUUUCCAUUUACCCGUGAAACGUGAAAUCCCUGUGUGAAAAAGAAGAAGAAGAAGAAGAGGAAGAAGAAGCGAUUAGCCAGAUAUUCCUUAUCUUCUGACAGAACUGAGAUAGUUCUCAGAUAUACUCAGCACAAUUCUUCUCAUCCUUUCUCAACUCCUAGAAUAUGCCCGGGAAGAGCCAUAAGAGGGACGGUUCGAAGAAAUCAUCAUCCUCUAGGAAUGCUGCCGUGGAUUCGACGCCUGCUGCCCCUGUUAAAUCUUCCAGUUAUUCCAAUGAGAACUCUGCCCCUAUUGCACGGCCCCGACAACGUUCCAAAACUUUUAUUAUCAAAUCACUGGCCGACAUUGCUUCAAAGGAACCUCCAACUCUGAAAGGAAGCUCGACUGAAAGGCCAAGUGAAGCGCAGCCUAGACAGCCGUCGCCGAACGUAUUUGAGUUUUUGGAUAAGGACGACUCAGAAGACAACAGUACCCGCUGGCCGCAGGCCACUCUGCCGCGACAGCCCUCUGCCACCUCCUCAGCGUCCCACGGCUCUAGACGAAAGUCUAGUGCGUCCUAUAGCUUCAACUCAGAUUCAGGGGUGUCAUUCAGAGAGCACAGCCCUGAUCGAGCUUCAUCAAUCUCCUCUGCAGAAUAUCAACCUGCAACACCACCUGAUAUCUCCCUGAAUACACUCAACUGGAAAUUUGCAGAUGAAUCCCAAACUCGCCGCCGCCUCAAUAUGGCUGGAGCGUACAUGACCGAUUCGGAGACAGUCCUGGAUAGCCCUACUUCCCCUAUUCCCGGAUGUUUGGAUUUCUCUACUCCUGAAUCAUAUUACACCCACGUGAAGCAUACAUUUCCUCAAUGCCCUCCAAACUCCUCUAUCCACCCUUCGUACCCGUAUCGUCAACCGAAUCUCGACAUGCGCAAAUUCAACAUGAGCACCAGCAAAAGGCAGCGGCGCACUUCCGUGGAGUCAGAUCCAAAGCGAAGCGAAUCGUCCGAUGACGAGCAUCCGUUACUCUAUCGCAAGUUUAAGUCGCUAAAUCAUCGCUUACUCCGUCAUCUCCAGGAAGAGAUCGCACAGAUGGAAGAGGAUCUUACCAUCCUUGACGAAGUUGAAGAAGUACGACGAGUCACAGCCAAUGUUAGAAAUGCCGGAAGACAGAAGCUGCUGGCGACAAAGUAUCAGGACCUUCAGUCUGAAGAAUUAUCUGUUCUUCAGCAGAGAAAGUCUGAGCUAGUGGAAAAGCUUGUGCCAAAAACCGAGCAAUAUAAUCGUGCUCUUUGCUCAUAUCGCGAGGUUUCCCGCAAAUUGCCCGCUGCCACCGACGAAGAAGUCGAAGCCUACCGUACCUGGAUCCACGAACAUUCCUCCACUACCAAAUCCGAUCUAAGAUUCCUUGCAAAUGACAAUGACCUUAUAUUGCUGGGGGAACGCCCAUCCACCCCCCGUACUCCCAAUCCUAUAUACUCCACGAUUGCUACUGUUUCAGCAGCCAUCCUAUUCCCGCUGCUGGCCUUCGGCGUUAUAUCUGAGUUCUUUGGACGCAUUGCCGUGGUCUCUAUUGUUGGCGGGGCUACUGCUCUGUUCGCUUCGAAUGGACCACCUGGCAAUGAAUAUUUGAUCGACCCAACUGAUGGAUGGAGAUGUGCUGCACUAUAUUUUGGCUUUAUGUCUGCCGCUGCCAUCAUUAUUUAACGACAGCUUACUUGUAACGAAUUACGAGUCUCUAUAUCGUAUUUAUGCUAUGCUCUGUGAUUCCUGUGAUUCCUGUGAUUCCUGCCUCUGGAUUUCUUCUCUAUUGUCUUCUUUCCCCCUCAUCUUGAUGGCGUAUUCGUCUUCCAUUUCUAGCAUCUCAGUCCUUCUCUUCAUGCAUUUUUUCCCUUCAUUGCAGUACAUAGCCAGCGACGCAUCUCAGCAUCAUCAGCGUUACAUGUUCUAUUCAUAUUUUCCAUAUCAAACGGCCACCACAUUACCAUAUAGGACUUUUUAAGUAUCUGUUGCCCACCAGCGAAAUACACAUGUAUAUAACCCGCCGGACUGGUCAGGACCGGUGGAAAAGUUGACACUACAUGUGUCUUUUCUUUUCCUUUCUUUCGUUUUAUUUAUUUAUUUGUUAUUUUUUCUAUGCGGAGUUAUAUUCGGGAAAAAGUGGGUGAGAAAGCGGGGUUGGAACAGAAGAAGGGGCAUCUGGGCAAUUUUCCUAGGGAUUAAGUAACUAACCCUGAGCGGUAGAAUGGAAGUCUUUUUGGAAUCAUUUCUAUUUUCUUCAAAUACCCUCAUCGUGUUUCGGUUGGUGUAUGUCAUUGGUAGUAAAUAUCCCUUGAAAAUUCAAAUUGACAAACUUGAUUUCUGCUUCUAGAGAUACUAUGGCUGAGAUGCGCGUCCAAGUCUGUAGAUAAGCCGGCCACAAUUGCUAUGUACCCCCGAUAGCUUGCUGUUCUCAUCUGAACUCCAACUAAUAGGGGAUAGAAGAGGGGUAAAAAACAUAAUAGACGAGAUCAGGACUCCAUGCGAUAACGUAUAAUUAGUCUACAACUAUUAGAAGAAAAAAAAAAGUGUCAAACCAAACGAACCCUAUAGUAUAAUAUAUAGCCCCAUCUGGCCCAUUUCCCAUCGCGCUCUCUUCAAAAAAUGAAAACUUACUUUUGAAUCAGAAUCACUGUGAAAAG